AGUUCAAUUCAACCAUUGCAACAUGCGAAAGCUUCAGCGGACGACUUCCGUUCGCAUUGCCUACAUACCGACCUAUUUUAUCUGAACAUUUCUCAACUUCGGUAGAGGGCUUACCAGAACCCCGUUCGCACUCUCGCCGUCUCUUUCGAAGUACACUGCCUUGUCGUCCUCGGUCUGCCACUGACGCAUUCUCGGUCCCAAUGGGCUUGGUGCCGCCGUGAUGAAGCUGGUACUCCGGCCGUUUAGCCCUAUCGCUCUCGCUCCGCGACUGCAGCCCGUUCUCGUUGCCCGCCAGGGCUAUGCCACCCAUCACAGCCUAGGGACCGGCCCGAGCGCCUCGCGGCGGAAGGCCGUCACCCCGUUCAAUGACAAUGGCCAUGUACCGUGGAGCGAGCUUUCCGUCGUCGAGAAGGCGUCGCGUGCCACCCAGCAGACCUUCAAUUUCGGUCUUGUCGCGGUGGGCUUGGUCUUGACGGGGGGCGUCGGCUACUUCCUCUUCCAAGACGUCUUCUCUCCCGAGAGCAAGACCGCCUACUUCAACCGCGCCGUUGAUCGCAUCAAGAAGCACCCGGACUGCGUCGCACUCCUGGGCCAGAGCAGUAAGAUCUCAGCAUAUGGCGAGGAGACCUUCAACAAGUGGCGCCGUGCCCGCCCGAUUGCAUCGACACUGGAAACCGACCCUCGGGGGACCCAGCAUCUGAGGAUGCACUUCUAUGUCGAAGGGCCGCUGAACAAGGGCGUAGUCAAUGUGCAUCUAGUCAAAAACUCUGGCCACGACGAAUUUGAAUACAAGUACUUUUCCGUCGACAUCAAGGACCAUCCGAGAAUCUACCUCGAAAAUGCCAAUUCUACUCCUAAGGAGGCCAAGAAAUUCAAACUCUUUGGAGUUAACUGGAAUUGAUCAAACACUCAAAGUACCCACUUGAUAACUUGAUAAAUGUGCCGAUAUGUAGCCCCCUAUACAGCGCCGUGUAGGUGAGGUGCAGACUACCCGUGGUUAUUCUCAUACUAAGAGCCUUGAUGGGAAGUAGGUGUAGGUUCGGCUACGUUCGAAGCCUAUGUAUAAUAACGAGGGACUCGUGCGCUAUUCGGUUAAAUUGCUACAGUCCGCAGAAGUGUAUACAAAUCUUGGCUACGAAAGCAUUCUUCUCAUCAAUCUUCAGUGUUUAACUCGGUAGACUUCACCUACUAUUUUGCAAGUAUUGCAUAUAUAUUGUAACGGUGCAGCAGAACUCGCCUUCGUAAGGUUUCUUACUUGUUAUAUAAGUGUGUGAGCUUGACACCUAAUUCUUCGUGAUCGUUAC